AUCAGGUGUGUGUUGUGUGUAUGCGACGUUUCGUUCAUGUGACUGCGCGGGUUACCUAAUAAAAGCGGAUAGGCCUAGUAUGAUGCCAAUAGUAAUAUCAAGUUACUAAAAAAUAUAUAAUCUGCGUUCUUCAUUCAGAACCUUACUUGAUUUGAAGGCUUUUGGACAAGGAAGAAGGAUUUUACGAAAUAAUAUGGACGCGGGCACGUGUCUGGAGCUGGCGCUGGAGGGCGAGCGGCUAUGCAAGGCUGGCGACUGUAGAGCUGGGGUGGCCUUUUUCGAAGCCGCCAUACAGACUGGCACUGACGACCUCAGGACGCUCUCAGCCAUCUACAGCCAGCUCGGCAAUGCCUACUUCUACCUCGGCGACUACGACAAAGCCAUGGAUUACCACAAACUCGACCUCACCGUCGCCAAAACGAUGGGUGACAGGCUGGGCGUGGCCAAGGCAUCUGGUAACCUGGGUAACACACUCAAGGUGAUGGGGAAAUUCAAGGAGGCGAUCCUGUGCUGUGAACGCCACCUCCUCAUAUCCCAGGAGCUCGGUGACAAGGUUGGUGAAGGCCGCGCACUGUACAACCUGGGCAACGUCUACCACGCCCAGGGCAAGCACCUGGGCCGCGUGGGGCCUCAGGAACCUGGCGGCUUUAGUGAUGAAGUCAAACACUGCCUGCAGAAAGCCGUCGAAUAUUAUGCCGGCAACCUGGCACUCAUGGCACAGCUUAAAGACAGGUCGGCGGAGGGCCGCGCGUGCGGCAACUUGGGCAACACACACUACCUGCUGGGCAACUUUGCUCAGGCCAUCACCUACCACAGCGAGCGCCUCAACAUCGCCAGGGAGUUCGGCGACAAGGCGGCCGAGCGACGCGCUCACAGCAACCUCGGCAACGCUCACAUCUUCCUGGGCGAGUUCGAGACUGCGGCUGACCAUUACAAAAAGACACUAGCGCUGGCACAAGAGCUGUGCGACAGAGCAGUGGAGGCUCAGGCCUGCUACUCGCUGGGCAACACCUACACGCUCCUGCGCGACUACCCCUGCGCCAUCCACUACCAUCUGCGCCAUCUCGCCAUAGCUCAGGAGCUGUGUGACCGAGUAGGAGAAGGUCGGGCGUGCUGGAGUUUGGGCAACGCUUACUCAGCCACCGGCAACAAUCAGAAAGCGCUACACUACGCCACUCGUCACCUCGCCAUCUCCAGGGAGAUUGGCGACAAGACUGGGGAAGCUGCGGCGGAGAUGAACCUCACUGACAUCCGACGUUCGCUGGGGCUGCCGCUGGAUUCAGACUUCCUCCUGCAGGAGUUUGACGGUGGUACGCCAGAUCUCUCCUCCGUCCGUAGGAAGAGCAUGGAGAAGAUGGACCUCCUGAAGAUGACCCCUGAUUUUGGCGACGAUCGCGUUGGUGUUGUUUUUACCGGCACUCCCGCCUCCUCAAGACAGCGCUGCACCCCCAACAGAACAAGACUUGCCUCUGUACCUUCCCAUGACCUUAACGGCUCGGUUAACGACGAAGGCAACAAUGUCGACGAAGACAGCUUCUUCGAGCUGCUGACGCGCUUCCAGAGCACGCGUAUGGACGACCAGCGCUGCACUCUUGCGGGGGAGGGCGCUCCUCAGCCUCGCCCCCUCCCGGAGAACGACGAUGGGGCACCUGUGCUUAAUGGAGCGGUGGUAGGGGCCCCCGAGCGCGUGGUGGGCCGAGGCGAGCAGCAGCCUGAAGAGCUGCUCGAGCUCAUCGUCGGCAUGCAGAGUCGUCGUAUGGACGAGCAGCGAGCCACACUCCCCAAUUUUGACAUGCUCAUACGGUGCCAGAGCUCCCGGUUAGAAGAUCAGCGCUCGACUCUCCCCAACGAAGACGUUGGUGACGGUAACGUAGCAGCGCUGCUGCCGCCAGCCGCGCCCACGGUGCCUGACGACGACUUCUUCACGCUUAUUAUGCGCUUCCAGGCCGCCGGUAGACUGGAAGAUCAGCGAUCCGCGCUUCCCACCUGCAAUAAUAACAAUAAUUCUUCACCGAAUGCCAACAAUAUUGUAGGGGAUGAUGGCGGUAAUGAGCUGGUGAGUGCCAUGGAGGUCCUUCAAAGUCUUGGCGAAAGCGUUCAAGAGAACGGGGAUGCGUCUGCAGCUGAUAGGAAUAGCCUCUUAUCCCGAGGCUCGAAUGCUUCCAGCACUGGCGUUGUGGUUCCCACGGGGGGCCUCACCAAAGCCAUCCUAGACAGAAUUAGAAUAACCAGCAAAAGUAACAGCCUUGAUAUAGGACAUGCAAGUUCUUCGAGUAACUCAGCUUCUGUCGAUAAAGAAGACGAAGGUGCGAGUGCUCCAGAUGGCAUGGCCAAUGGAACCAAGGAAAAGCUAAUCAAUCGACUGGUCAAGAGUAGAAAAUGAGGAUAAAAAAGCUAUGUGUGGAACAAUAAGUGAAAGCAUCAAUACGCUUCUCACAUGAUCGAAGGUCCCAUUGAAUAAGUCAGCCAUUCUUUGUAAACUUGGUGUCAUUUUCGUCAACUGGACUCUCGUUGCUGCGGUUUAAUGCCUCUAUUUGAGGUUUAAGGUUUUCAAUGCAUACUACCGUUCAAUGUUUUCACUAAUAGCCCAAUGGACUGAAGAAUUGAGGGGACCAAGAGUAUAUGAAGAAGAUAUAGCGAAGGGAAUUAGCUCACGUGAGUCUAUGUGGUUCAGUCUCCGUUUUUAUUUCAUCAUCCAUUGCUGUGAUCAGUGCGAGCAUUAGCCAAAUGUAGUCUAAUACUUUAUCGUAUAAUGUCUAUACCAAUUUUGCUGUUCUUAGUACUAUUAUCAC